AUGGAUCCUCGAUUUCUCGGCAGCCUUGCACCAAACUACGUGCCCCCCAACCCAGCACCACGCGUGGAUCCGCAAACCAUCGGGGGAUUCAAUUUCCCUUUCCAUGUUCCCGGCGAUGGGACCAGGGUCGGCGACUUCACUCUGCGCGGGACCGUCCCGGAAUUCCUCGGCAGCCUUGCACCAAACUACGUGCCCCCCAACCCAGCACCACGCAUGGAUCCGCAAACCAUCGGGGGAUUCAAUUUCCCUUUCCAUGUUCCCGGCGAUGGGACCAAGGUCGGCGACUUCACUCUGCGCGGGACCGUCCCGGAAUUCUACGCCAGCUACACUCCCCAGCCGCCGCCGCCAGGGUGUGAGGAGAAGGCACAACAUGUGCCUGGUCCAUCGGCAGCAUACAAUCAGCAACAGAAUGUGCCGUCCUCUAGCUUGAUGCCUCCUGGCCUGCCAACAUAUGGGGGAUCCUUCUCUUCCGCUUACUCGCCCCCUCCGUACCAUCAGCUGCCACCGUGGCUCCGCCCGCCAGGUUUUCUGUCCCCUGCAGACCUGCUAGGGCGCCCACUUGUCCCGUCUCUAGGGCCACCUUUUCAGCACCGGAAACAGUAUGAGUGGGGAAUGGACUUCUACAUCAGGGUCGACCGUGCAGGGUGCUACCAUACUUAUCCUAAUAUUGGUGGACCAUAUGAAGGACUACAUGAAGCUGAAAACGCUAUCGAGCGCUAUCUUGAUGACCGUCGGCAUCCAGAAAUGUUUGCCAAGGAUGAUAUUUCUGCUGUGGAUAUUACUGUAAGGCAUUAUCUUUACCUACCCGAUGGAAGGAAGCGGUCGAGAAUGGAACCAAUCAAUAAAAUCAGUGAUAACCAGCGCCAAUUGGUUAAUGCUUUGGUGGACAAAUAUAACGAUGACAACAAUUUCUUGGGGGAUCUUGCAUAUGAGCUCACAGAGGUGGUAUGCUACAAAUCAUUUUAUGAGGGUGAUCUGCGCGUAUGGUACCAUCACAUCAAUUUCACUGCGAAAGCUAAAGGAGCGGUUGGUUGCAAGCUUUUCUUUGCUGAAGUCAUAUUUAUGCAAGGAGAAUUACCAGUUAGCUGUUUGUGUUUGGUCACUCCUAGUGAUGAUGGCCAUUGCUUCAGCUGUUCGAAUAAUGGAAAUGAUCUGAGGCACCCUAAAGAUGUCCGCUAUGCUGGUGGCCAUGUGAUGCAAACAUUCAGAGCAUUUGAUGGAGUUAAGGUGACGCCUGGACAGUGUGAUGAUGGACAGUGUGAUAAUGAUAUUCUACAGUGGGAAGCUAAGGAGAAAGCUAGGGAGGCUAAGUUCAGAAAAACGUUAGAGGGCUGCGAUUGGUCAAAGCCACCUUUCGUCACAGGGGGUCUCGCUAACGUGUACACAACCACUGGAACGCCAGUAUGGAAAGGAGGGUGCUGGAGGAUGGAGGAUGCGGUUUAGAUCAAGAUAAAUAAGAGAGGCUACAUAUUUGAUCAAGGCAGAUGCACCUUAUUCAUUUUGCUGUGUCUUUGCAUGAGGAGGAAGAAGAAAGAGUGCUGAUGUGAAGGCAGUUAUGUAUAGAACAUGUCAAGACAUAGAAGUCCCAUAUUUUCUGUUUUUUUACCUGGCUUUUCUGUUUGUGUGUAAGGCUCAUAAAUAGCCAGAUGUAGCAGUAACGGACUAGUUUAGUCCUUAUUUUCAUUACCAGGGCGCGGAAGGAGGCUGAAUUGAUUGGGAGCUGGGCUAGAUGGGGUUAAAAAACCAGCGAA